CAGGACUGCUGUGAUUCAUCAGCUUCGCCUCUCAUCCCGCAUCUAGAGGGGACGGAAAUGUUCAGGUGAACGCGAAGCCUCCCACCACGAGCCGGCCCUAAGCAAGGCCAUGCGCAGUGUGGGCGGGAGCCCUAAGUCAGCGGGCGGCGAGCUGGGAGGGCCCGGAGCAGGCCGCGCCCCGAACGGCGAAGGCUCCAACAUGGCGGCCGGACUAGCCAUAGAGCGGGAAGAGAAAGCCGGGGACUAGCAAGCAGCACGGCGCAGACGGGGCCCGCGUCCUCCAUUUACUUCCGGAAUUUAAAGCCAGCUUCCGGAAGCCGGGACGGUGUCCCCGUGACAACCGACGUUGGCGUUUGGAGGUGCUUGCCUUAGAACAAGGGAAACAGCUCUGAUUCAAAGGAACUAGAAGCGUCUCCCUUAGUGGUAGGGAGACAGCCAGGAGCUGUUUUCUGGGGAACUGUGGGAUGUGCCCUUGGGGGCCCAAGAAAACAGAAGGAAGAUGCUCCAGACCAGUAACUACAGCCUGGUGCUCUCUCUGCAGUUCCUGCUGCUGUCCUAUGACCUCUUUGUCAAUUCCUUCUCAGAACUGCUCCGAAAGGCUCCUGUCAUCCAGCUUGUGCUCUUCAUCAUCCAGGAUAUUGCAGUCCUCUUCAACAUCAUCAUCAUUUUCCUCAUGUUAUUCAACACCUUCGUCUUCCAGGCUGGCCUGGUCAACCUCCUAUUCCAUAAGUUCAAAGGGACCAUCAUCCUGACAGCUAUGUACUUUGCCCUCAGCAUCUCCCUUCAUGUCUGGGUCAUGAACUUACGCUGGAAAAACUCCAACAGCUUCAUAUGGACAGAUGGACUUCAAACGCUGUUUGUAUUCCAGAGACUAGCAGCAGUGUUGUACUGCUACUUCUAUAAACGGACAGCCAUAAGACUAGGCGACCCUCGCUUCUACCAGGACUCUUUGUGGCUGCGCAAGGAGUUCAUGCAAGUUCGAAGGUGACCUCUUGUCACACUGAUGGAUACUUUUCCUUCCUGAUAGAAGCUACGUUUGCUGCUCUGCAGGGAGAGUUGGCCCUAUGCAUGGGGAAGCAGCUGGACUUUCCAAGGAAGGUUCAGACCAGCUGUGUUCAGUAUUCAAGAAGGAAGAUCUUCCCUCUUGCAAAUCAGAGUGUCCCCAUCUGUCUCCAGUGCGGCAUCCCUUCCUUGCCUCCUACCUCCGUUCCACCCCCUUUCCUUCCUUUCCUCUGUACCAUUCAUUCUCCCUGACUCGCCUUUCUUGCUGAGGGUUCUGUGGCUCUUACUCUUAUGAAGCUCUUCCUUUAGCCUGGGACAGAAGGACCUCCCAGCCCCAAAGGAUGCGAAGAGUGAUAGUUACAUGCUCCUGACCAAUCACACCGGAGACAUUUAGAUUUUUAUACCCAAGGCACUUUUAAAAAAUGUUUUAUAAAUAGAGAAUAAAUUGAAUUCUUGUUCCAUAAA